AUGCGGACCAAACAGACCGGGCCGAAACGUCCCAAGCACGACGUCAACGACACCCCAAUCAACAGCCCACCAGUCCCAGAUGUGAAGUCGCCAGCCCAACCACAUGAGCUCUCGGACAAGGAACGCGCAAAGCUGAGAGACUUCCUGGACAAAGAUGGGCCCUCGCCGCCAUUCUCGAUCACGACCAUACCUCUCAACAACCCAAAGAAGCGCAAACGCUCCACCACAAAUCUACACACGCAAUCAGAUCUUUUCGAGGAUAGGCUGAGUGUGCAAUAUGAGAUCAAGCCUCUGAAUAAUUGGGAGAGUCUGAGGCGGUAUAAGAAGUUUACGGUCGGCAACGAAUCAAUCGCAGUCGGAGAACACAUCCUCGUCAAGCACGACAUCUCCGAAGACCAAAAAAUCGACAUCGCCGCCCAAUGGAAAGCAAAAGUCCUCGAAGUCCGCGCCCUGGACCCGGAACAUGUCUACAUCAGAGUCGCGUGGCUGAAUCGACCGGAAGACCUGGAUUCUGGAAGAAAGGAUUAUCAUGGACUGAAUGAGCUGAUCCCGACAAAUCACAUGGAUAUCAUUGAUGCGAUGACGGUGAAUGGGAGGUUGGAACUGUAUCACUGGGCGGAGGAGGACGACGAGAGUGCGAUGCCCGGGAUUGGGGAGCAUUUCUGGCGACAGACGUAUGAUUUUGCUGGGACGAAGACGUUCUCGGAACUCCGCCACAUCUGCAUCGACGACCGACCCCAGAAUCCGGACAAGAUGAUUCUCCAAUGUCCCUCGGAAACCUGCGGGAGAUGGAUGCAUCUGAAAUGUAUAGCCGAAGCAGCCGUAGGUCAGACGAGCGACUCACAACAGAAACAGAGCUCGAACGCGAAACGAAAGUCUACGUCGAUGAAGAAAGGCGCGAGGGCGAAGACGCCGGAACUUACUCCGGGCUCGACGGCGCAGGCGAAAGCUUUGAACCAGGCGACGGGAGUGACGGCGGAGGUGUUUGUCAAGGGUUUGCCGGCAGAUGAGAAGGAUGGGGGCCCGCCGGAGGGGAGUACGAGGGUGGUUGUUACCAGGGAGGAUGGGGAGGACGAAGUGACGGAUGUGAAGUGUUUGUUUUGCGGAGCGGCGAUUGAGUAG